UGUCAGUGGCCAUAAUAGAUGAUGGAUAUUUGAGUCAUCUAUUCGAAUAUGCCCUAAUUCUGAGAAGGCCCGCAUUCCUCUCCCUUUACCUGAUCAUCUGAUUGUUGAUAUUAGCACGGAUGGUGCGAAUAUGGAUAAUAAAAGUAAGAUAAAUAUGUGGCCCAUCCAAAUGAGGGUUGUGAAUAUUGAAAAAUCCACUCCAAUUAUCGUUGGAAUCUUUCGUGGAUUGACAAAACCGGCGUGUUCCAGAGAUUUCUUCUCUGAUUUCAUUUCCGAAUGGAAAAACAUUCAAGAGGAUGGAGGAAUUACAAUUGAAGACAGAACGAUAAAGCUGUGUAUUCGAUGUGUAAUUGCUGAUGCACCAGCUCGAGCUUUUCUUCUCUGCCACGUAGGACACCGUGGCUACAAUAACUGUUCGAAAUGUACCAUGGAUGAAACUCCCCGCACGGAUGUAGAUUAUGCGGCUAUGACAGAUGAAAGUCAUCAUCACGGUCCAAGUUUUCUGGCAGAUUUAGGAAUCGGCAUGGUGUCUCAAGUGGCUUUUGAGUGGAUGCAUUUAUCUCUGUUGGGAACCACAAAACGACAAAUAAGAGCAGCGGUAACUUACAACCGACGAUUCCACAGUUACGUUAGACUUGAUGAUACACAGAUUGAUAUAAUCAAUAGCCGAAUGCGCAUAAUCGCUGAAUAUACACCACGUGAAUUUUCGAGACGGCCGACUGACAUUAGGCAAUAUCACAAGAUGAAAGCAACAGAAUUACGUCAGCUAAUUUUAUAUACUGGACCAGUCAUCAAUCAUGGAGUAUAUAAAAGCAAUAUUUACUAUCAUUAUUUGUUAUACCACGUUGCGCUGCGAUAUUUCGCAUCUCCCCAUAGCUCGCCACACCAUGUGACCUUGGCAGGUACACUGAUGAAUCAGUGGGUAAAGGGAUGCAGCAAAUUAUACGGAGAAAAAUUCGUGACGUAUAAUGCUCAUGGUCACCUCCACAUGGUAGAAGAUGUGAGGAGGUUCGGGUAUUUGGAUUCAUUCUCUGCCUUUCCAUAUGAGAAUCUUACGCAAUAUUUGAGAAGAAUGUUGAGGAAACCAGCACACCCAUUGCAACAAAUCGCGCGGAGAAUUAGAGAGAAAUCCAAUAGCAAAGGAGAAACGAGGCAUCAUCAUACACUCACUGUGAAGUCGUCACAACCUCAUUCUAAUGGCCCACGAAGGCCCGAUGAUAUGGACGUAUGUAGCGAAGAAUAUGUGCAAUACAAUCUGAUAAAAACCGAUGAUUUCACGCUCGGCACUAAUCAGCGCGACAACUGCUGCAUUUUGAAUGAUUCCAGUGUUUGCCUUAUUCUCAACAUUUUUGCGGCAGCUACCAAGGGAUACCAGUUGGCUGUCCAAAAAUUCCGGAACAUGGAGUCUUGGUUCCCUACUGGACUCGAUUCAACGGAAGUAGGAAGUUUUAAAUGUUCUAAGCUGGAACCGACAUUACAUUAUGUUGAUUUGAGUGAAAUAGUUGCCAAGUGUUAUCGGACACCGUAAUGGCCGCUUCCUGAACCGAAUAAUCUACCACCUGACAAGCCAUCACCUGGAAUAUUUAUUGUAACAGUAAUGUUGUAGCAGUAAUAAACAAUAAAGGGGUUUAUUGGACACAAUGAACGACAACAAUGAAGCAUGGACAUCAAAUAGGAAUAUUCUCUAGAAUUCGCUCGGUGAACCCUUCGACGUCUAUAGAGGUGGUAUGAGUACAAUGGGGGAUCAAAUGCUGUCUACCAGUCUCCAAUAACUUUUUUUAAACACUCUUA